UCAAUAAACAUUCAAAUGUUUUGCAAGUGUGUUUUGAGCGUUUCACAUCAGAAUAAAUAUUCCCUGUUUUUAUUUGAGAAUUGGCGGUCAAUUUCUCAUUUUGUUUUUAAAUAAUUGUUCAAAUUUUUGUUGAUAUUCGUCUAAUCAUGUCAGUAAAGCUUAAGGACAAAGAAAAAGCUUUUCUUCAACUAAUGAUGAGGAGUAAAAGUUUAGUAAAAGACCAAGCUUUGAAUUUAUGUCUCAAAAUGGAACUUGCAUCAAACGACAAGGAGUUGGAUUCGCUGAUUCGAAAGGUUAACAAACAAAUUAAAGAGUUUCGUUUCGAAAUACGUAAAUUUAUUGAUGAAGAAAGUGGAAAUGUUCAUUUUGUCUUUAUCAAUUUAAUUGACAACCAUAUCAGCCGAUUGUCUACUCUUUAUACCAAAGCUCAAUUAGAAUAUUUCAAGAAAGUUAUUUCAGCCAUUGUUUUGUCACCUUGUGGUUACGUUGAUUACAAUAAAGCUCUCAAUCUCACUUCUCAACUGGUAGACCAUAAUGUUAAACUGAGAGUUAGUGAAGCAGAUGAAAUGUUGAAACAUUGGAACCAAGAAAAGUAUCUGGCUACAAAAAAGGAUCAAUUUAAUAUAUGUUUGGGCAUUCGAAGUCUCACUGAGUUAGAUGUCUACCUCAAGGAUCAUUUUCCAAAUAAUGUAACAAGCUGUGAUAUGUGUAAAUCUAUCUGCAUCCAAGGAACUAACUGUCCACAUUUGGGAGUAAAGCUUCAUGCCCACUGUGCUGAUAAAUACUUCAAGAACUUUAAAAAUUGUACAAUUUGUAAUUGUUAAAAUUCAGAGAUAAUUUUCUUCGAAGUGUAAAAGCUACGAACUCAAAAAUAAGUUUACGAUUCCCUUAAUUGCUCAAGAACAAAAACUAAUACAAAUCCAUGACUUCCAUUUUGCUUUACUUACACUUAUUACUACUGCUUUAAAAUAUUAUUUUUUUCGUUAACUAAACUCAUGCUGCAUUUUCAGUUUCAAAAAAAGUCCCAAUAAAGACCAAGAUUAUCCUUGAACAUAAUGGUGGUGCAACAACAACCAACAUUCCUGGAACAACGAAGACAAGAUCGAGAUAAUUGAUUUAAAACAGGUUGCUUGUUUGUAAAAUGGCCUCUAUUUAAACAAUCAUCUGAUAUUUGGAAUUUCCGAUCAGUUGAUUUUGAUUGUAACCAAGAUUGAUUUGUUAUGAUAAAUAUCCAAAGAACAAGAGAACGAUCUCAACCAUUGUUAUCAAUAAAAAUUGAUUGUAUUAUAAAA